GUGCUGAUGCACUGCAGGGAGUGAGAGGGAGAAAGAAGAGAGGGAGGAGACAGCGUUAACAAACCUAGAGACAGAGAAGUUUUCGUAUAGCAGGAACUAGUGACAGCCUUUGUGUGUGUUUAGAGCGCUGGGCUACAUUAUUGUUUGAGAGUAACAACAGAGAAGAAUAUGUAGUUGGGAGGGAACAGAUUGGGACAUGUUCAGGGACACCCUGGGUUUAGAGUGAGUUGAUCAGCAAUGGGUGCACCCUGGACAAACCGGCUGUGUUAACUACCAGUAUAGACAGUGCCUGGGAUUAAAGGAUUGAAGGCAGACGUGCAUGAGGUGGUAGCUGUCUACCCAGGACCUGGAGGUGUCUGCGUCAUUUGAGUUCCAUACACCCUAAACCUGUUUGUUUGAUUGUGGGUUUUCUACUGAAGAGUCCAUGCUAUUUCAGGUCAAAGAGACUGAUGUGAUCACAGAGGAUCAACAUGACGUCACCACACCCACUUAUCCCUCAAACCUCAGGGUCAAAGGGAUCUUAACAGUGAUUAUGAAUAUGGUGACAACAACUUCUCCAUCUGACCAGGAACUAAUAAGGUCGCAGUAACAGUGUGACACAGCAGUCUAAGCCUUCCCAGGAAUCUGCACAAUCAUCCAACCGACAGUACUCUAUCUCUCUGUCUCGUCUGUAAACCACCAAUGUCCAUAACCAAUGCUGCACUUCAUCUGGAGGAUGAAGAGGAGCAAGGAGAGAGUUUUGAGUUUGAUGACAGUGAUGAGGAGAACAAAACUUGCAAAAGGAUUACGAUGGAUCCUGCUUGCUCUGAAGACCCAGUAAACACACACAAUAGAACAAAUGGAUGUCCCUGUACUGGACACGAGGACCCAAGCAUUCAGCCACUCCAUCAUUCUAAAGGCUUAGAUAUGGUGGUCAGAGAAUCUCCUGAAGGACGAUCAAUCUCCUCUGAGCUGGGAGUGAUCGGAGGGUCAGACAACUCCUGGAAGGGAAGCAGCACUUAUGAAGGUUCGAGUUCUGGGACUGAGUACCUCUACACAACUGUUUUAAAAAAGGCUGACCGCUUAGGUGCUCAUGCAGUUCAGGCACCAUAUCAAGCCAAGGAAUGGUUCACUGUGGUUUCAGAGCUCACUCUGCGACUGCAUAAAGGAAAGACUUUUUCCAAUUGUGAUGCUGGGAGUCAGGGUGAUGCAGACAGUAUUCAGGAUGUCUCCAGUCCUGACAACGCAUGCAGUCCAGACAUGGUGUCUAGUCCUGAUGCUCUGCACUGUCCAGAGGGAAUGGUUGGCACAGACGAUGUGGCCAGUCCUGACCAGAUGACCAGUCCAGAGGUCAUCUAUGACGAUGUUCCCUGUGAGAGCCUACUCUCUCCUAUAGAAGAUGACAUCUAUGAGGAUAUCCAGAGGCCUACAGACCGUCAUGGCAGCAACAAUGGCUGGAGCUCCAGUGAGUUUGAGAGCUAUGAUGAGCUAUCAGACAGUGAGACCAAACCCCCAGUCCGCAGUAGCAGUAAGGUCCAGAAGCUUAUGAAAGCAGCCAGAAAUGGCACCAAGGGCGGACUAGAAAAGACAAAAUUAGCCAUGAUGCGCAAAGUCUCUUUCCUACAGAAAAAAGAGACCAGCGGAGACAGUGAUGAUGAUGCUGGUUACCUAGAUGUCACUGUGUCUGAAGUAAAGCACCCACCUCCACAGUUGAGCCCUAUGCCUGAGGGUCUUACCACCCAACAGAUUGUGAGACGCCACAUCCUCAGUUCCAUUAUUCAAAGUGAGAGGAGCUACGUAGACUCUCUCAGGAGAAUCCUACAGGAGUACCAGAAGCCCUUGUUGGAGCCAGAGGUCAGGAUCCUAAAUCCAAAGAAGGUCCCUCCCAUAUUCUACCGCCUGCGGGAGAUCCUGCAAUGCCACUCCAUGUUCCAGAUCGCCCUGGCUUCCCGCGUGGCCGAGUGGGAGGACAGUGAGAAGAUAGGAGACCUCUUUGUUGCCUCGUUUUCGAAGUCAAUGGUAUUAGAUGUGUACAGUGACUAUGUCAACAACUUUACCAAUGCCAUGGCACUUAUUAAGAAAGCCUGCAUCUCCAAACCAGCAUUCCUGGAGUUUCUCAAGAAGAAACAGUCAUCUAGCCCUGACAGAAUCACUCUCUAUGGCCUGAUGGUGAAACCAAUACAGCGCUUCCCUCAGUUCAUCCUUCUGCUACAGGACAUGCUGAAGAACACUCCACCAGCCCAUCCCGACCGCCUGCCCCUGCAACUAGCCCUCACUGAGCUGGAGACCCUUGCUGAGAAGCUCAACGAGCAGAAACGCAUGGCCGACCAGGUGGUGGAGAUUCAGCAGCUGGCCCGCAGCAUUGGAGACAGGAACCUCAGCAAGCUGUUGAACUCAGACCAGAGGCAGCUGGUACUGUGUGAGGUGCUCAUUGAGACGGUGUACGGGGAAAAAGGACAGGUCCUCAAGUCUAAGGAGCGCAAAGUCUUCCUUCUCAAUGACAUGCUAAUUUGCGGCAACGUCAACAUGAAGGGUCCCCCUGAUAUCAGCAGCCUGGUUCCCAUUGGUCCUAAGUACACUGUGAAGUGGAGCGCUCCCCUGCUGCAGGUGCAGGUUGUGGAGGUGGGACAGGACAGUGUCCAGAACAAGGACGUCCCUGGUGGAGGGAAACGACUCAACUCUGUGUCAAGUGUUCCAGGUAAACUGAUCCUGGGUCCUCCCAGGUUGUACCAGGACCUGGAGGAGCUGCAGCAUGACCUGGAUGUGGUGGAACAGGUCACUCUAAUGGUGGGAACUCUACAUGGGGAAUACCAGAACCUGAACACAACAGUGGGCCAGGACUGGUGUUUGGCUCUCCAGAGACUCAUCCGUAUCAAAGAGGAGGAGAUCCAGUGUGCGAACAAAUGCCGCCUGCGGCUGUCAGUGCCAGGCAAGCCAGACAAAUCUGGACGUCCGGUCAGUUUCAUGGUGGUCUUCAACACCCCCAGCCCCCUCAGCAAAAUCUCUUGGGUGAACCGACUUCACCUAUCCAAGAUAGCCCAGAGGGAGGAGAACACACCAGGCUGGGUCUGUACAGAGGAUGAUGGGAAGACCAAACCUCCACUCUGGUGCCCACUGCUUGCCUACCGGAUGCCUAUUAUCUCUGCCAAGGAUAACCAAAAACUGACCACUGCCCUUCACAAUCCUGUCCAGUUUGCCCUGCUUGGCUUCUCUGCUGCUAGCACAUCAUUGCCCCAAGGAUACCUCUGGGUGUCCAGUGGAGGUAACUCCAAUGAAGGCCAAAUAGAGAUCUUUUCCUUAAACCGGUCCACACCUCGCACUGUCAAAUCCAUCCAGCUGGGGGCGCCAGUCCUGUGUCUGGAGUCGGUGGCAGAGCCCAGUCUUCCAGAGGAAGGGGAGCAGGGAAAGGCAGCUGAGAACACAGCCAGAAAUGGCAACACCAUCUGUGUGGGUCUGCAGGAUGGCAACAUCCUGGUAUACAGUAGUGUGGACACAGCUGCCCAAUGCCUGCUAACCCUUGCAAACUCUGAGGGCUGUCCAGUUCUGUGCCUGAAACACUCAGCAUCCUUUCUGUUCGCUGGUCUUGCCAAUGGAAAGGUUUUGGUUUACAAACAAAAGAGUGGAGAGAGUCUUUGGGACCCAGAGUUGUACAGGCUGAUUACUGUUGGCCUCGCCCCCGUUCGUACUCUUCUGACCCUGCAGGACUCAGUGUGGGCAAGCUGUGCCAACCAGGUUACUGUCAUCCAGGGUGCCAGCCUCACUACCCAGAAGUUUGAGGUGCAUCCAGAGCUCACUGCCAGUGUGAGUCACAUGAUACAGGCUGGCGGUGGUGUAUGGAUGGCCUUCACCCAGGGAUCCUCCAUUCGUCUGUUCCAUACUGAGACACUGGAGCACCUGCAGGAGAUCAACAUCUCCACACGCAUCUCUCACCUGACUCCAGGUCAGGGUGCUGUCCAGGUCACCAGCCUUCUCAUCUGCCAGGGGCUUCUCUGGGUGGGCACUGCGCAGGGCAUCAUCAUCACCCUGCCUGUUCCAAAGCUGGAGGGCAUCCCCAAAAUUACAGGUAAAGGGAUGACUUCCCUGAAUGCUCACUGUGGCCCAGUAGACUUCCUGGUCGCCACCUCCAGCACCCUGUCACCUGACAUGCUCAAGCGAGACUCUGUCUAUGAAGGAAAUGACCAGACUAAUGGCGUUGGAGAAGGAAACGAAGUGAGAAGCGGUGGAGGAGGCGACCUGUCUUGUGAGCGAAAAGACUUGUCCCAGGACCGCCUGUCUCAGCAGCAGGAUGGCUCCACCAGGAGAGAGGCCAAGCCCAGGGGAGUGCUGCUCCAGUACCAACUCCGCUCCACCUCCCAGCUCCCAGGGAAGUUGCUGACGGCCCAGCCUGACCAGGGUCCCCAUGAGCCCAUCCUGGACUCUCCAGAGCACAGCCCGGAGGAUGGCUCAAUCUACGAGCUGAGCGAAGACCCUGACGUGUGGGUGCGGGGGAGGCCAGUGGGAGGGGCCAGGGAGGGACAGGGGCGGAGGGAGAAGGUCACCUCAGUGGCAAUCUUCUCGGGAGGAAGAGGUUUCCGUAGUCUGGGCGAAGGAUCCACCACAGCCAGUGGGGUUAACACAUGGGAAAGUACACUCAUGGUUUGGCAACUCCCAUUAGUAGUUAACCAAUGAAGAAGAAAGGCAGUUUAUCUCCUCCCCCUCGUCAGGUGCACAUAGCAUGAGAGGAACAGAUAAGAAAUGUGUUCCAGGAUGGAACUUUCGUCCAUUUCCAUGCUGGUCAGUUGUGUCUAAGGAGUUACGGAGUGCAGUAGUGAACUCCUGUAACUGCAGCUUCUGUAUCGGCCAUGUUUCAGUCCCUCAGGCCACCCAUUGGACCAUCUGAGAGCUUUUAACAUGCACAGUUUUAGGCAGAUGAUGCAUCAGUAUGGCAGAACACAUCUGCACCGAGGGGAGGGGGAUGGGUACCAUCAGAUGAGAUUUGAAGAGACUCAAACAACAUGACCCUGUAUAUCUACUGCGUGGAUACAGGGAGAAAUAAGGGACAAGUGACUGAGAUGUGACUGUCAGAUUGGAAUGUUCAGUUUUUGGCGCCUGGAGGGGCUUGACAAAUACAGUUUCUGCGUUGUCACUCAUAAAUGUCUCAUAAAUACACAAUCUGUGUUCUUGAAACAGAAGAUGAUAGUUUACUGUUGAGACACUAUUGGAGUAUUUUUAAUGGAUCUAAUGGCUAGCCUGUAUAGUUGUAUAGUAAUGUAUCAUGUAUGAAAAAAGGAAUUCUACAAAUCUGUCAUACUGUACACCCUGAAGUUUACAAUGCAUCCAAAAACUAAGUAAAUCUAUUAUUGUUUUGUGAAGAACAAAUACUGUAAAUAACUUAUUUUCAGUUAUUCCUUAUGAUGUGAAGUGAAACCAAUGUUUUAAAAUGAUAGAGCCAUGCUCUGCAUGAGUUCAAUUGUUGAUGGUACAUUUGACACUGUGUCACUUUGCUUUUAAAAUAAAAUGCA